UCGCGCAUGCAGUAUUUGUACUUAAAGUGACUCUGAGAAAGUCUGAGAGUGUGUCGGAAUCAUUCAUAUUUCAUGUGUUGAAGUUAGCUCAGAUUAUCAUGAAAACAAUACAGUGUUACACAUCCUGGCGUUUCCGGGAGCAAGGUAUUUACCAAAUGACUCAUUUUCCUGAUGUGUAAUUAUGUAAGUCAAUUCAAUUUUGUCUCGGAAUGUCCUUAAAAAUCUGCGAAACACACGAAAGCUUUUAGUUAGCCGCAAACAACUCAGAAUAGCCCCACGCAGGGCAAGUAAACAACAAAUCCCAAAAUCGAUCUCUAGGCCAGAUUGUUAAUGCAAGGAAAAGCAUUUCUUCUCAGCAGAAGAAAACAUCACAAAUCUCAUAAUUUUGAUUGAUUGAUGACAGUCUCGGUAAUUUCCACCAAUGGCGUCCGAGCCACUGGUGAUUUAAGGGCGUGGCUUAGCUGGCGCGCAUGAGUACUGGGAGAGUUUAAAGUUUGCCCACGUGGUUACACAUUGUCAAAAUUUAACAACGUUGUUGAUUCUUUCAGUUUGUUAUCAGUACUUUUGCAUGGCACUGAGCUAAAUAGCGUGCACUGUUGUAGCGAGCUACUCGGGCAAAUUAAACCAUGGAACCUCCUGUGUACUCUCCUCCAGCAACCAACCACUACGAACCGAUGGAGGCCGAAACGCCUACACUACCCUAUGGCACCGAUUACAAAUUGAAAAUGGUAAAUUUGAACGGGGAAGAAAUCGCCGCGUUCAAUGUCGAGGGGGAAGACCUUCUGUGCUUCCCGCAAGUGUACGAGUAUUUUCUCAAAGAUCUUGUGUCGGGCAUGCACACUGUGUACACAAAACUGAAACGGAUGAAUAUUCAAGGACGGAACUGUAAUGUGGAACAAGUUCGAAUGAUGAGGAGUGUUGGAGCAAUAGGUCAAGUUGUAAAUCGGUGCAAGCUGAUCUCGCGCGAAGAUUUCAACAGACUUUAUGAAGACUGUUUGCUUUACAGGGGCCCGGGUAGGCGCAAAAAGAAUCCCGACAUUCCUCCCGAGCUUCUUAACAACCCUUUUAAACACUUCAAAGUUGACCAUCAUGCUGACAGACCUGUCAACCUGUCAAACGGAGAACCAAUGAAGACAGACGAUGUAAACAAGUCAAUAUCACGUGAUCCAUCCCCGAACGCUGGUGUCAGUGUGACGUUUGAAGGAGUACGUGAUGCUAACAACAAUGCAACCGGCGCUGAACGAAAAGACUUGCAGUUUAGGACGCCGAUUUCCCGACCACCGGAGCGCGUCGUGAACAUGACGUCAUCACAAACAGCAAUGAAUCACACGUCGCCUCAUCUUCACGUCAGCCCGCGAUACUCUACUACUCACGUGAUCCAUUCGCCGACGAACACGCCAUCGUCACGUAUCAUUAGCCCGCCCAGCGGUGUUAUUUUAGCGCCAAAUUCACAGUCAUGCGCGUUUAACUUUCCUCCAAGGCCCCAGGUGUCUUUGAGCCCCCAAGGAAACGUAUUAAGUCCGCCAACAAAUGGCGCUCCACCUGUCAGCGGUGCAUCGACUGUACUGAACCACAGUCCUGGGAGAUCGCCAAAUGUUGGAGACGCUUUGAACGUUGAAGCUUCGGUACCUCAUGUCAGCAGUACUGGCACAUCUGAGCAUGCGGAGUUCAGAAACGUAACCGCCAAUGACACAGGUUCGGAAAUGUCGGCAUCUUCUCCACACGUGUUGUUACGAGAGCCUGAAUACAGAGAACCCGGAUCUACGGAAAGCCUGCUUCUUAACAUUCAAGGUCUUCUGAAAGUAGCGGCAGAAAAUACCAGACAAAACGAGAGACAGGCUGUUUACGAGAAGAGUAACCCAGCUUGUUUUAGCUUUAUCUUGCAGCUUCAUGUUUUUUCUUCUGCAGCUUUUCUCCAAAAGAAGCUCAAGAAAGAAAAGAGAGCAAAACGUAAGCUUGGCGAGCAACUCCUGGAGGAGCAGCAACGAAGUGAAUUGCUUGAAGAACAGCUUAGAGAAACGACUCAAGACGCUCUUAAACAGCGGAAUGACGAGUUAAUUCAAGAGCUGGAGAGAGAACGAUGCGCGAAGAUUGAGGCUGAGAGGAAGUUAAAAGAAGCUCGAGGUGAGAUUCAGAACUUCGUGCACAACUUCCUUGAAAACCCAACUCAAGAGGGGACUGGGCACCAGUCGGAGGAAGAACCAGAAGAACUAAACGUCGUAGAAGUUGUCAAGGACGACCAGAUAGUAGUCAACACAUAGGUCUGCAACGCGUGCUUAUUAACCGACUGGCGAUGGCUCUAUGUCCAUUUCGGGCAUAACACAGGGGCGAGAAUUUGAGGGGAAACUCGUGUCUGCGGUAACCGCGGCACUGGAGAGAAAAGAAACUUACAUUAUUGCUCGCGCUUUUUCUGGUGUAGAUGAUUUUGUUUGAGUUCAUUUCUUUUGCAAAGCGAGCUUGAUUGAAUGCAGUACUCGAUGGCAAAGUUCAAGUUGAAGUUUCUGUGUAUAUACUAGUCAAGUAACGUCGUUGAACCUCAGAAAAAGAACAAAGCCAUAAAACAAAUUGAGUCCGAUCCAUCAUUGACCCUUGUACUACCUUCCUUGGCGAAAGGUUUGGUGCUUACACAUCGUUACGAGAUGUCCAUUCAGCGAACGUGUUUCGCUCUGUUGUGAUGUUAAAGUCCGGUCUGUUCGUAAACCACCGAAAAUGUUGAUAUAGUUUUAUAGCUCUGUAAAUACCAAAGCGUAGAAAUCGUUCGUGGCAUACGUGUGAGAUUUGAUGAUUAUUUAUUUUGUAUAUGACAAGCGCUCUUUUACAUCACUUUGUUGUGCUGUUGUGUUUGUACUUGAAAUGACCACAAAUACAGAAAUCUACUUUUAUAACUCGUGUUUAUUGCCAUAGUUGCAACUGACUACUUUGUUACAGUUUUUUUAACUUAACAUAAUCUUAGCUAUAAACACCUGAGGAUCGGAAACAACUUGAGCGGUUUUACAGUGAGACUUCUCGAACCGGUCCACCUGGAGGGAAACUAACCAAACGUAAACUGAGAUCCGUGGUACCCUUUUCGUGUCGACAAGUAAUAACGGUCUGUUU